AAUAAAAACGAAGCUAGAGUAUUAGCCCCAGGCCAGAGCGGUCAUCAACCGUCAGGUGCAGAAAAUUACGAUUGCAAGUAGUUUCUUCUGUACUUUUGAAUAGUUUCGCUUUUCUUUCUCCUUAAUGUUGACCUUGUCCGUGUCGCUUGGUGUCUAUGUCAUGCGGUUCUACGUUCGCAAUCCGAAAUGAUUUGAAGAUCUCUACUUUCACGCCACUUCUAUCAAAAAUUAACUUGAGUCUUACUUGCAACAACUGUAGUAACUAAGAAUGACCAUGCAAAUUAUUUAGAGUAACUGUCUAAUUAGCAUGCUACUCAACAUUACCAACAACCAUCCCAGAAUCAUCGCAGCCAGUAGUGAGGCAGAUGCCAGCUCCAUAUCCAGACACUGCGACGCCAAGGCUUUCGCUCCAAAGUGGAUUACAGCACGGAGCUUCUA